AUGGGACAGGGGUGGAAGACUGCAGUGGUGGAGAAAGAACAGGAGCGGUGCAGUCUGGGAGUAAGCAGUGGGUCAGUCUGCCAGAGAAUCAGAGACUCAACUUCAUCUGCACCACGUCUGAGGGAGCUGGAGCACAAAGUCAUAUCUCUGAUGAAGAAUCAGCUAAAGAGAUUUGUGAGGCUAAUGAGUGUGGAUUACCCAGCGUGCUCUGAGACAGAGGUGGAGGAUGAGGAGGAUCAGAGCGCUGUCAGAGAAGGGGCGCUGAAGAUCACACUGACUGUCCUGAGGAAGAUGAACCAGACUGGCCUUGCUAAUACACUACAAAACAAACUGGCUCCUUCUUGUCAUCAAAAGCUGAAAUCAACACUGAAGGAUAAGUUUCAGAAAAUUACUGAAGGAACCUCACAGCAUGGAAACUCCACCUUUCUGAAUGAGAUCUACACAGAGCUCUACAUCACUGAGGGAGGGAGUGGAGAGGUCAAUAAUGAACAUGAGACCAGACAGAUUGAGACAGCAUCCAGGAGACCUGCAACACAGGAGAAACCCAUUAAAUGCAACGAUAUAUUCAAAGAUAAUUCCAUCAGAACUGUGCUGACUAAAGGAGUGGCAGGAAUUGGAAAAACUGUCUCUGUGCAGAAAUUCAUUAGAAGGGCUGAAGGAAAAGCAAAUCAUGACAUCCUCUUCAUGUUUCCACUUCCUUUUAGAGAGCUGAAUUUGAUGAAAGAGAAAAAGCUCAGUCUGGUGGAACUUCUUCAAAUUUUUUUUUCAGACAUGGACAAAUUAAAACUAAGAGACUAUUACGACUACAAAGUGAUGUUCAUCUUAGAUGGUCUGGAUGAGUGUCGACUUCCACUAGAUUUCAGGAAAAAUGAGAACUUAUCUGAUGUAACACAGUCAGCCUCAGUGGAUGUGCUGCUGACAAACCUCAUCAAGGGGAAUCUGCUUCCCUCUGCUCUCCUCUGGAUAACUACUCGACCAGCAGCAGCCAACCAGAUCCCUCCUGAAUGUGUUGACCAGGUAACAGAGGUUCGAGGGUUCAGUGACCCUCAGAAAGAAGAGUACUUCAGGAAAAGAAUCAGUGACCAGAACCUCGCUGAAAAAAUCAUUAUGCACAUGAAGUCCUCAAGAAGCCUCUACAUCAUGUGCCACAUCCCAGUCUUCUGUUGGAUUGCAGCCACUGUUCUAGAGAGGAUGCUGGGUGAAGCAGAGAGUGGAGAGAUCCCCAAGACUCUGACUCAAAUGUUCACCCACUUCCUGAUUUUUCAGAUCAAGCACAAAGACCAAAAGUACCAUGGAAAAUGUGACACUGAUUUGAAACAGACUAGAAAGAUAAUUCUGGCCCUGGGCAAAUUGGCUUUUCAACAGCUGGAGAAAGGAAACUUGAUCUUCUAUGAGGAAGACCUGAGAGAGUGUGGCAUUGAUGUCAGAGAAGUGUCAGUGUACUCAGGAGUUUGUACCCAGAUCUUUAGAGAAGAGUUUGGGCUGCACAUGGGGAAGGUGUUCAGCUUUGUGCACUUGAGUGUUCAGGAGUUUCUGGCUGCUUUAUAUGCAUUUCUUUCCUUCAUCUCCAACAAAAGAAACGUUCUCGUAACAGGAUUUUAUGGUUUCUUCAGAAAGUCCACAAUAUUUGACUUCCUCAAGACUGCAGUGGACAAGGCCUUACAGAGAGAGAAUGGACACCUGGAACUUUUCCUCCGCUUCCUUCUAGGACUCUCACUGGAGUCCAAUCAAACUCUCUUACAAGGCCUACUGACACAGACAGGAAGCAGCUCUCAGAGUAAAGAAGCUACAGCACGGUACAUCAAAGAGAAGAUCUGGGAGAAUCCAUCUACAGAGACAACAAUUAAUCUGUUCCACUGUCUGAAUGAACUGAAUGACCAUUUUCUGGUUAAGGAAGUCCAAACAUAUCUGAACAAAGGAGAUUCUAGUGAUCUCUGUAGAGCUAAGCUUUCUCCUGUUCAGUGGUCAGCUGUGGCGUUUGUAAUGCUAAAUUCAGAAGAGGACCUGGAUGAGUUUGACCUGAGGAAAUAUGGUUUAUUAGACGAAGAUCUUCUGAGGCUGCUGCCAGUGGUUAAAACAUCUCGAAAAGCUGUACUAGCCAGCUGUAAACUCACCACAGUGUCUUGUGAAAAACUAGUGUCAGUUCUACAAUCAGUAAACUCCUCCCUGAAAGAGCUGGACCUCAGUAACAAUGACCUGCAGGAUUCAGGAGUGGAGCUACUCUCUGCUGGAUUGAAGAGUUCAUGCUGUAAAUUAGAGACACUCAGAUUGUCUGGUUGCAUGGUUACAGAUAAAGGUUGUUCCUCUCUGGUGUCAGCUCUGAAAUCAAACCCCUCUCACCUGAGAGAACUGGAUCUGACCUAUAAUUACCCAGGAGAGUCUGGAUUGAAGCUGCUAUCUGAUCUACUGGAGGAUUCACACUGUGCAUUGGAGAAAUUACAACUAGCCAGCUGUAAACUCACCACAGUGUCUUGUGAAAAACUAGUGUCAGUUCUACAAUCAGUAAACUCCUCCCUGAAAGAGCUGGACCUCAGUAACAAUGACCUGCAGGAUUCAGGAGUGGAGCUACUCUCUGCUGGAUUGAAGAGUUCAUGCUGUAAAUUAGAGACACUCAGAUUGUCUGGUUGCAUGGUUACAGAUAAAGGUUGUUCCUCUCUGGUGUCAGCUCUGAAAUCAAACCCCUCUCACCUGAGAGAACUGGAUCUGACCUAUAAUUACCCAGGAGAGUCUGGAUUGAAGCUGCUAUCUGAUCUACUGGAGGAUUCACACUGUGCAUUGGAGAAAUUACAUGUGGAUCAUGGAGAGAAGAUCUGGAUUAAACCAGGAGGACUAAAGAAAUAUGCAUGUGAUCUCACUCUGGAUCCAAACACAGUGAACAGACGACUUUCUCUGUCUGAGAGGAACAAAAAGGUAGACUUUGUGGCAAGAGAUCAAGGUUACAGGGAGCAUGAAGAUAGGUUUCAGUGUUGGGAGCAGGUUCUGAGCGUGGAGAGUCUGACUGGACGCGGUUACUGGGAGGUUCAAUGGAUUGGGAAGGAGGUUGAAAUAUCAGUAUCAUACAAAGGAAUAAGCAGGGAAGGACGUGAAUCUGACUGUAGGUUUGGAUACAAUGAUCACUCCUGGAGUCUGUACUGUUUUGAUGACCGUUACACUGUCCUGCACAAUAAACAGAAAACUCACCUACCUUACCAGCCCUUGAUCUUUGACAGAGUAGGAGUGUAUCUGGACUGGGAGUCCGGCACUCUGUCCUUCUACAGAGUCUCACCUAAAACACACACACUGACCCACCUACACACAUUCACCACCACAUUCACUGAACCACUCUACUUUGGGGUUGGACUUAAUUAUGUAGGCAGCUUUGCUCAUCUGUGUGAACUAGAUUAA